UAAAUCAGGGCAGGACCAAAUACGACGCCGUCGAACAGAAUCGAGUUUCUUUAGCUCGUAGACUGUAAAAGCGGUUUGUGGCUGCGCGAGCUGCGAGGAAGACAACAAUGGCGACGGAACUGGAAGAGCUAGUGGGAUUUCUAUCCUCUCCAUCUCCAGCAGUGACAAAGGCAGCUGUUGAUAUCGUUCGGGGGCUAACCGGCUCCGACGACGGCCUGCAGUCUUUGGCCAAUUAUUCGAAGAUUCUGCUUCCGUCGUUAUCUCGUCUCGUAGCCGGAAACAAGGAGGUCGCGGAACCUGCAGCGGAAGCUCUUGUUAAUCUUUCACAAAAUUCAGGUCUAGCGGCGAAGAUGGUUGACAUGGGAAUGAUUAACGUUGCUAUGGACGUUUUGUAUAAGCCAGGGUCUGGCAUUAGCCCAUUGCUGGUUAUGCUUUUAGUUAAUCUCACGCAGUUGGAUGUCGGUGUUACUUCUUUACUGCAGACUGGAGACGAGAAGAUGCAAGGGCUCUAUGUUAUGAAGCUUGUGAGAUCAUUUUGUAGAUCUUCGGAUGAAGCUAGCGAAGAUCCAUUUGAGCAUGUUGGUUCCAUACUUGUAAACAUCUCAAAGCAGGAAGCAGGAAGGAAGCUUUUGCUGGACCCUAAGCGAGGGCUUUUAAGGCAGAUUAUUAGACAGUUCGACUCUCCUAGUCCUUUGAGAAGGAAAGGGGUUUCUGGAACUAUUCGCAACUGUUGCUUUGAGGCUGAGAGCCAGCUUCAGAAUUUGCUUUUGAUUUCAGAGUUUCUCUGGCCAGCUCUGCUUCUUCCGGUUGCUGGUAACAAGAUUUACAGUGAACAGGAUAGAUCGAAAAUGCCACUUGAGCUUGGGAGUGCUCUCUCAAUUGAGCGUGAACCAGUUGAUGAUCCUGAAAUUCGUGUUCAAGCACUGGAGGCCAUAUACUUGAUAACAUUACAGGAGGCAGGUCUAAGAGCCUUCUGGUCCGUCAAUGGACCGAGAAUAAUACAAGUAGCUACGAAGACGAGGAAGAUCUUAAAGUAAUGGGAGCAUAUGAGCAACUUGGCGCCUUGUUGAUUAACAGCAGCGGGACAGAGGAACCAACAACCGAGACAUCUAAUUAGCACGACCGAUGUUCAUUACUUGAUUCGGGGGAUCUUCUACAGGCACUCCACGCUGCUCGUUGGAAAUCAAAGCGAGGGCCUUCGGUUGAUUUGUGUUAUUGCGUAACCGUUAGCGGUGUCAGAAGAGAAGUUUUCAGCUGGUUAGAAAUAGAGCAUGUUGAUUUAGGGAUUAAAUCUGAACAGUUUUUAUGCUUGGAAGAAGAUGAGAAGUGGGAAAGAGAUAUUUGCUAGUUUCAUUGGUUCUUAUGUAAACCUCUGCUUUGUAUGAAUCCUCAAGUUGGAAUAUCUUAAACAAUAAACUCUCCUGUGUAACCGAGUGAAAAACGAGGGA